UCGUAUCUGUUUCCCCGUUGCAUUUUUUGUUGCCAAUUUUGUACAGUGACGUGUUAGCUUAAAUUUGGGGGAAAAAAUGGCCAAUCGGAUUGGCCUCAACUUCCACCGGCGGCUUUCGAUUCCGAUAGGCGCUCCUUCCACCGUAUUGUCCGCGAACAAGGCCGCGAAUAGCCUCAAACGGUGGAGUGUCGGAGGAAAACCACGGCGGCGUUUGGUUUUAGGCCUCGGAAUUUCGUUCUGGUCUCAGUUCAUGAAUAUGUCCGGUUCACUGGUUGGCGCCAAAUCCUUCGUCGCUUCUGCGAGACAGAAAAAUGCCGUCGAUGAGGUUUUGAAGAACGUGGAGUGGCCAGAGCAAUUUCCCUUCAGGGAGGAGGAUUUUCAGCGCUUUGACGAGACACCAGAUUCGUAUUUCUAUGAAUCCCCACGCUUUGUCACGCACAUUGAUGAUCCAGCCAUUGCUGCACUCACCAAAUUCUACUCCGAGGUUUUUCCCCCAAGCAAUACACCUGGUGUUAGCAUGUUGGAUAUGUGUAGCAGUUGGGUCAGUCAUUUUCCAGCAGGAUACAAGCAAGAAAGAGUGGUUGGGAUGGGAAUGAAUGAAGAAGAGCUCAAACGAAACCCGGUUUUGACAGAUUACAUUGUUCAAGACUUGAAUGUGAAUCCUAAACUCCCAUUUGAAGAUAAUUCUUUUGAUGUGAUCACUAACGUGGUCAGUGUCGAUUACUUAACGAAGCCUCUUAGCGUUUUCAAGGAAAUGAGUCGAGUUCUUAAACCUGGUGGCAUUGCCAUUAUGAGCUUUUCGAAUCGCUGUUUUUUCACGAAAGCGAUCUCUAUAUGGACAUCAACUGGAGAUGCAGAUCAUAUUAUGAUUGUCGGGUCGUAUUUCCAUUAUGCCGGUGGAUUCGAACCUCCUCAGGCUGUGGAUAUAUCACCUAACCCCGGACGGUCAGAUCCCAUGUACGUCGUGUACUCGAGAAAGUUACCGACAGCUUGACAGUACACGGGAAGAUGAGCCAGCUGAACUGAAUCAGUUUGACCUGCAUAUUAGUACAUGUAAACUAAGCUUCAAACAAGAAUCACUGAAAUUGUAUUCUUAUCUGAGACAAAGGCUAUAAAUAACCAUUUAGGUUCCAAAA